GCUCUUCAGCGGCGUCUCGGCUGGGCCGGCCGUCGCCCCCGCUCCGCCCCCGCUCGCCGGGGAUAGGGCCAUGGCGCCCGCGGCUGGCUGGCCAAGCCGCGGGCCUGCUUCUCUCCCCUUCCAUAACAGGGGAGGGGAGCUCUUUUGCGGCGGCUCGGCUGGGCCGGCAGCCACCCCCACCCCUCUGGAGCUGGGGACGGGGCCAUGACGCCCGGGGCUGGCGGGCCGAGUCUCCACCCUGCCGGCGGGGGAUGGGGGCAUGGCGCCUGCCGCUGGCUGGCCGAGCUGUGGGCCUUCUUCUUCCACCACCACCCCGCAGCGGGGGGGAGCGCUUCUGCGGGGGCCGGCCGCCGCCUCUGUCCCGCUCGCCGCAGACCUCCUCUGAUCCCCUCCCAGCACCAGGGGGCAAGUGCAACCUCCACCCGCGGCCGGCAGGCUGUGCUGCAGGGGCCCCCCUCCCCUCCCCGCCCCGGGUUCACUGUAGGGGGAAGGGGGAGUUCAGCAGUGGGGUUGGAGGGACGGCGGGAGCCUCAGGACUGCGGGUCAUCAUUUGGUUGGCUCUCCACACACGCCCCUCUCUGCCACGCAGUGCUCAUACGUUCAUUGCCUAGUCAUGGCACACCUGUAGCACGGGGCAGAGUCGGCCUUGCCGGAGGGCGAAACCAGGGCAUCCCCAUCUCCGGGGGGGCCCAAGGGGGUCUGGAGCUCUUAGCGACCCACCCACCCGGCUAUGGUGGGAGGCCUUCCGUAAGGCACAGGGGGUCUUUUGGGAGGCCACCAGGGGCCGCCGACGCACCAGGCCACCGAGUUUGGGGUCCGUCCAGGGGGCCCGGGGUGCCGGGCACACGGCAUCAGCGCCAGCGGCCACCCUUGGGUCACCCCUGGCCGCUCGGCCAGGGCCGGGUGUGGAGGACCUCAAGGGCACCCAACGCCCCCCCUCCCGGGUUGCAGGACUGGCCCUGGCGUCCCCCUCAGGCCGGCUGCCCUCUGGGGGAAAGACCAACAAGAUGGUUCAGGAUAUGGCCAGGGCCCUCAGGGAAGGCGCCCGCACUGGGGCCCCCCUGCCGCCGCGCUUCCCCUGCCGGAGCACCGCAGCGGCCUGCACAACGAGGUGGGGCCCCGCACGGGGGGAGAGGUUCUCUCUUCCCCGCAGGAGAGCCCGGCGCUACCGAGCGGAUGACUGUUCAAAUCCGACAGGGAUGGGGAGACCGGGAUGACCACGGCUCGUCGACGGGUGCGACAGAGAUCUUCGUCCCGCUGCUGAGCAUCAUGGCGGCGCUCAGAGAGCUCGUCGUCUGAAAUCCUGACAGGUCAUGCAGGCCGGCAGGUCUGGAUCGUGGGCCAUAGCAUCGUGCAUUGGGCAUCUCGCUACGCGGCUACCUCCAGAUGGGGAGAGUCGUUGGGACUGCAACCACGGGCGACUGUUCACUGGGUGGGGAUUUGAGGCAGGCGCUGGGCGUCGCUCCUGCAACAGCUACGCCAGAUCCGGGAACAUCGUGGCACGCACUUUUCGCGGUUGUCGUCCA